AAAAACUGACAGACUGAGGAUUUCGAUCACACAGUUAUGACAUUUCUCCAUUUUAAUUUGCAUUCUGUCUCCGUUCCUCCUUACUUUCUUUUUGGCGCACCUUUAUCAGCAAAGCUGGAACCUACUUUUAAGUUGACUGACUUAGCAGAGAAGACCCAGUCAUCGUCUUGUAGGUUCACUGUACUCUGUUAAUUAAGAAGACCUCGUCAUCGUCUUCUAUAUGAACUAAUAGUCUGGCGAUCAACCAAUGUCGUGCGUACUUCUUCUCUUCAAAGUUCAACAAAUUAAGCCAAGGUUAUAGUUUAGGUCGAGACGGAUGAUUAAAAACCGUUGGCGAUGGAUAAAUGGCCAGGUAGUUUGGCGUCGAGUGGGUGGAGGGUAACUUUCCGGUGGACUCUGAUAAUUCACUCCGACUCAAAUUAUAAUCUGAGGACGGUGAACUCAGAAAAAGAUCACAACCAAUUACGAUCGGAUCACGAUUAUGAUCUAAUCACAAUUAAAAGUGACUCAUCUCCUGAUCUAUCUUUUUUAUGGAUCAAGAAAUCUGAGCUACUCGAAUAGAUAUGUGAUCGAUGAAACGUACUGAUACCUAUAUGCUCAGAGAUGGCGUGGGGGAAAGUGUUAUUGGUACUACUUGCACUUGCUGCUACUCGGGGAUCUCCCUGUUGCGGAGCACAACAGAUCGAAACGAAAUCAAUUAAAAAACGAACUUUUGCACUCCCAUCCAACUGUUCAACAAGCUGUGGCAAUAUCAGGAUCCAAUACCCUUUCGGCAUCGGCCAUGGUUGCCACCUUCCCGGCUUCAACCUUACCUGCCGCGAGCAAAACGAUAGCAGCGUGCCAGCCCGGCUCUUCAUGGGUGAUGGCACACUCGAGGUUUCCAGUAUAGAUUUACCGUCAGGGUACGUGUACUUCAAAUUGCCAGUUAUCAGUAUGGGCGUCAACCAGCCUUCCAUCACAGCCCCACUGAUCGAUCUGCAAAAUUACAACAACUUCAACUUUUGGGCAGCGAACAACUCUCUGUUUGUAUCUGGUUGCAAUGUUCGUGCCAGCCUAGUCGACCUCGCCAACAAUAACACCAUCAUAUCUAAUUGCACUACCAUUUGCUUGGACGGGAGUUCAGAAUUGCUGCCCUUCGUAAUCCAGCGUCCAAACUGCAGCAUUCCGAUUGGAAAGAGACUUCCACACCGUGUCUUCUUAGGACUUAGGAGUUACUUUAACUCCGCUCUACCAGGUCAGUGCGUUGCAUUUGGCUAAUGCCACCGCAGUCAGCGCCGCCAGCUACACGUUUGGCAAUUCGGAUUUUAAACUGUCUUGGUACAUGGACGGUCACUCUUCAUGUAAAGAGGCAAUGAACGAUACGGGGAAGACGAAUUACAUUUAUUUUCUUGAUCAUCAGCUGCAUCAAUCCGCUAGAAUAUAUCAAUGAGUGCGACAAUCCUGAGAAAUAUAUUUGCGAGGGGAUUUGUAAGAAUACAAAGGGCAGUUACUAUUGCAUCCCUCCUACCAAGAAGAGAACUCUUAUGUUAGCUAUCAUCAUGGUUGCUGCAGGCAAUGUGUGCCUACUACUCUUGUGUGCAAUGUUGGUCAUCCUAAGUAUGAAAUGGAAGGAAAGAAUGCAAAAGAAAAAAAGAGAAAAGAACUUUCGCCAGAAUCAUGGUUUAUUGCUGCAACAACUGAUCUCUACAAGCGAACAUGAUGCUCAGAGAACUAAAUUAUUUCCACUGGAAGAAAUAGAAAAAGCAACAAACAAUUUUGAUGAAUCCCGCAUGCUUGGAAGUGGAGGGCACGGAGUAGUUUACAAAGGAAUUUUAACAGAUCAACGAGUUGUUGCCAUAAAGAAAUCCACAAAUCUGAAAAAAAGUGAGAUUGAUGAAUUCAUAAAUGAGGUAGCAAUUCUUUCUCAAAUUAAUCAUAGGCACAUAGUGAAGCUUUUCGGAUGUUGCCUAGAGACUGAAAUCCCCUUACUGAUCUAUGAAUUUAUUUCAAAUGGCACCCUAUCACAUCAUCUCCAUGUUCCCAAUGGACAAUCUAAAUUAUCAUGGGAUGAUCGUUUGAGGAUUGCUACAGAAGUUGCAUGCUCACUUGCCUACUUACACUCGGAUGUUUCUAUGUCUAUUUUUCAUAGAGAUGUUAAAUCAUCAAAUAUUCUUUUAGAUGAUAAUUUGGUUGCAAAAGUAUCUGAUUUUGGAGCUUCAAGAUUUAUUCCACUUGAUCAAAAUUACAUAAUCACUGCUGUACAAGGCACCUUUGGAUACUUGGAUCCUGAAUAUUAUCAAACAAGUGAGUUGACAGAAAAGAGCGAUGUAUAUAGUUUUGGAGUCAUUCUCCUAGAACUUUUGACCGGGAAAGCUCCUAUUUACUCAAACGAGCAUGGCAAUGAGGUGAACCUAUCAAAGCAGUUUCUUCAAGCAAUGAGAGAAAACCAUGCUCUUGAUCUUGUGGAGGAUCGUGUUUUGAAAGAAGGAAACAGAGAAGAGCUUUUGGAAAUAAUGCAGAUGGUAGAAAUGUGCUUGAGGUUGAAGGGAGCAGAGAGACCUACUAUGAAAGAAGUUGAGCACAAAUUGCAAGGGCUGAGAAGGAACAAAAUGAUGAAAAAAAGGCUACCUUCUUUUGCAGAAGACAAUGAAACAACUGAGACUAACCUGAGUGAUGCAUUUGAUCCUUCAACAGAAUCGGUUGACGAAAGAAAUCAAGGUACUUCUACUAGUUACAGCUCAGAGAAAGCCCUAAUGUACCAACAACUAUACUCACCUCGAUGAGUUUGCUUUCUCUAAGCAUCAUGUCUCUACUGUUUGUUGUCUAAACCAGCUGGAAUACCCUGUAAACUAUCAUUAUAGUUAAUCUGUUGUGCGAACAUGCUUACAGUGACAUGUGAAUUCCUUCCAUAGCAAUUUCUGUGUCUACGGAGCAAGUAAAAUGCAUCAUAAACUAAAGUCGGAGUGUGUAUGCUACAAUUUAUUAUCUCAAAGUUUGUGUUUGCUUAAUGUAAUAAUUGGUAUUAAUUUCAUGAAUGCUACUCUUUUACAUAUAA